AUGGAACCCACUAUGGAGCCGCAGAAUCGCAGGUGCAAGAGUCUUAAAGCCCUCAGCCUUCCUCCCUUGGAAGAACGAGAAGACUCAUCUGCAACAGCCCAAAACCCUAAACUCCCACCUCUGUGCAAGGAGAACAAAUUGAAUCUAUCAAAGUACACACGCCCAGGUUGCUUUGUGCGCUCCUGUAGUCUUCCUUGUGUGAAAGCUCACAAGCAACACACUGGGUGUACGGUCAGGAGCCAGCGGACCCAGUUCAUUCCCCUCUCUCAAUUUGACGAUAAUCUCCUCUUAUCUGAUUAUAAUUUGCUCGAGGAAGUGAAGAGGGUCGCAGAAUCUGCUCAGAGAACAAGAGUUAAUUUGUUAGGGUAUUCUCAUUUUAAGAUUCCAUCCCAUCUCCAAGGCCUUAGGAAUGCUGCACAGAGUCACAACAAACUCCUAUUUCUCCCCAGUGGAAUGUCAAAGAGAGAGAAAAAUAAAUCUCAAUGCAACCUAAGAGAUAAAUGCAUUACUUGGACGAUUGAAUGGUGGUUUCAUUCAACAGACAUUGUUUACUCGACCACGGGACCCCAGGUCACCAUUCCGUGAGUUGGAUAUAAGAGCUCCAAUAAGACAGCAAUUAGCCAAUUUAGUUAUUCUGGAGCACCCUCUGAUUCAUGUUUCCCUCCUUUCACAUAGCUAUGAUUUCAAUGUCAUUAAGGAUGCCAAUCCCUGUUGUCAUCGACCAGAGCUUAAGGAGUCUGUUGCCAUUGAUCACCCAAGUUCAGAAGGCAUUUCAUUCAGGGAAGAGGAAAUAGAAGAAUAUGGUGGUUCUUCAGAUCCUUAGGUUCUAGAUCUCAUGAAGCAUGUGAAAUCGACAUAAGCUAAUAAGCCACAGUCCAGCCCCCAGAAGAAGGAACCAGUUGAAAACAUGGAUUUUGAUUUUGAUCAAUGCUUGCUUGAUGUAUACUCUGAUAUAUUUGCUCAAAUUAAUCCUGAUGAUUUUCUUGAUUGGGAAGCUGACUUUUCCAAGGAAGUAAAAUCUGAAGAAAGAAUAGAUUGUUCAGAUCUUGUUAGAGUUUUCCCAGUGGAGGAAUUAGAUGAAGGGUAGAUUCCUGGGUGCUGAACAAUUGAAUGCUCAUUAAUCUGUUCAAGAUGACUAAAAACUCAAAACUGAAGGAUCAUCUCCCGAUAAUUAUCUCUAAACAUUAUGAAGCAAAGUCCUCAAAUCUCUGUGCAUGACACAUUCCCAUUUAGAUAGGGCCUAAGGAGGCUGUGAAUUGAGUGAUUGUAGGCACGACACCUCCAGCGCUUUGUGAUCAAUGGCAAUGUUUAUGGUUGAAACUGCAGUCUCUGUUGGUUGGGUUUCUCAAGUUCUAAAACAACCUGGCUUCUUGAUCAUCAUCGGAUUUCUUCAGACGGCACGCACAUAGAUAUCUUGGAGCACUACUUACUGUCUCAGGUGGCAUGUAGGCUCCAGAGCAGCAGUACUCAGGUUUGUUGAAUGCCAUGCAUGCACUGUUACAAGCUACAACAGUACCAUUCCUUAGAAUUUGCAGGUCCUUGGGGCGUCUCUGAUUCAAGUCUGAAACACAUGUCACUGCCUUGCACUCACCAGACCCACCGGAAGGGAAUAUUGACACUGGCAUGUUGUAUCCAUCAACUAGGCUAACAUUAUAAAAAUCUACUAUCAAGGGUAAACUCUGCAAGUGUUGCAGGUGGUGCGCCACCUGCCCCAGCACAUUUUAGCACACCACCACAAUCACCAGUGACAGCUUCCCUUUCCUGAGUUGUCAAAUGAACAGCUACGGCAACCCCAAAAACAGCCUGACCACCCUUGUCUGGCAUUGAUAUCUACUGAUUGACCUGGUCUUAAUUCAAGCCCACCAUCCAUUAGUUGAGGUUUUCCAGAUCCAGGUGUGAUCCCUGGCCAUAUAGUUUUCCUGCAUCUAUUUUGUAAUGUGAAAAUCACCGCAUCAACACCUGAGAAGAAUAAAGAACAUAAUACAGCAUUACUACUUAUAUUUAGAUGUGUA